GCAUUGUUGCGUUUGUCAAUGGUUUGUCAGUUGGCUUUGCUGUCAAUUGGAAAAUGGCAGCGACGAGUGUUGUCGUUCUCGACAGAGGCAACAAUACAACUUGUACCGUAAAUCUUUUCGGUGCUACAGUAGUGUCAUGGCGGGUUAAUAAUCAAGAACAAUUAUUUGUAAGUAAACAGGCCGUCUUCGACGGUAAGCGGGCGAUACGAGGCGGGAUACCGUUUGUGUUUCCUCAGUUCGGGCAAUGGGCGUUCGGUCCGCAGCACGGGUUCGCGCGGGUGGCGCGCUGGCACGUGGAGAAGAUGCCCGAGCGACUGCCCAGCGGCGACGUGGAGGCCGUCUUCAGCCUCAUGGAUGACGAGUUCACGCACUCCAUGUGGCACUUCCAAUUCAGAUUGACGUACAGACUCAUCCUAAGAGAGAAAGAGUUGCACUUCAACAUCGGCGUGUACAACCCGAGCAAAGAGCUGACGUUCAGUUGUCAGCUGUUGCUGCACACGUACUUCAAAGUCCCCGACGUGCGCCGCUGCCAGAUCACCGGCAUGCACGGCUGCAUGUUCAUCGACAAGACCCGGGAGGGCGCAGUGUACCAGGAGACGCGCGAGGUGGUCACCAUCAACGAGUGGACGGACCGCAUCUACCAGAACACCAUGCAAGAGCACAUCAUCACCAACGUGGUGAGCGGCCGCAAGAUGAGGAUACAGAAGUACAAUUUCCCUGAUACCGUGAUCUGGAAUCCAUGGGCGGAGUUCGCGAAGGAGAUCCCCGACUUCGGCGACGACGAGUUCCCCAACAUGGUGUGCGUGGAGGCGGGCCGCGUCGCCGCGCCCAUCGUGCUGCUGCCCGGCACCGCCUUCGAGGCCAGCCAGAUACUGCAGGUGAUGUAAGGAGGUGCCGCCUCCGCCCGCAGCCGUCCACACCGUGAAGUCAAUUCGCGUCAAUAUUUUAAUGUCUAUGACAAUAUUGUGUCUCCACAAAUAUGCGAGAUUGAUACUAAACUGAAUUUUCAUAUCCUUAUAUGCAUUUCUGUUUCUUUUGUGCGGCCAAUCGAUAAACUAUAGAUUCAAUAUGGCCUACCGUUUACAGGCUUCACAUAUCUACGAAUAAGGAAAUAUAUCAUAUAUCAACAGUGAACAAACGAUACUAGAAUUUCGGUGCUAUGUUAUGAAAAAAUACUUUCGUAUUCUAAUGAGAAAACACAAACAGACCAUUCAUUAAGCUGAUUGGUGUUAAACCAAGCGCUGUGAUUGGUUCUUUGUUAGAAAGCGUAAUAGGUAAUAAUUUCAUAAGUGUUAUUUAUUAUAUUUUUAAAGAAAACAAUGUCCAGCUAUUUAUUUUCAGCUUUUCCCUUUCAAAUAAGAAUCACUGUGGAAAGGAAGGUCCGACAAUUGUCUACUUCAUAAUUUACGUUUAUUGACCCAAUUUUUUUUUCUACCUCUUCAGGAAACUAGAAGCAGCAUAAGUUAGUUGCAAAAGUUUUCUUUAGAAGCUGCUAUGGAAUUAUAUUUUUGCUGUAAAAAGUACAAAUGUCAAACAGACUCGGCUGAUUUUUUCGUCCGAAAGAUAAUAACCCACUAUAAUUUAAUUGAAACUAUUGAGACUAGCAUCCACUUCUGACGACAAGUAGGGUGCCAGGGUGCAUUUUGACAAUAGGAAGAGUUUUCUAGCGAAAUAAGAGUUCUAUUAAUAUAUAUCCUUAUUCGUAGACUUCUGAUCCAUGUAACGAAUUAAUUAAGUAUACUAUGUGACUCCUAUGUUCCUCAAAACAAAAACUAGACAGUUAAAUACAAAACACGUAGGUAUUGUGUAUUUAUAAUGUUUGAAGUUCAAAAUAAAUUACGAAUUAAGAUAUUAUAUUCCUAGUAUACAUUCCAAUAAACCUUCAAUCAAUGUAGACUAUUUAUGAGCAAACUAUAUAGUUGCGCCCUCGACCGCGUAGUACAGGGCUGACAGCAGAAAAACGCGACAGGGAAAAGUAUUUGUCAAAACGCGUUAAAUUAAUUUGCACCACAGGUAGGAUAGUGAAAAAAAAAGUUAUAAAAACAUCUAUUCUACUUGAUUCAGGCCCACUGUUUUCGCUUGUGGCAUUUAAAUUCCCUUCUGUGGUCAUACCCUACCACGUAGGCGAGUCCUCAAGUUAAAAAGUCAAAAUAGUCAUUCCUUCUAGGUCGACGGACGUUACAAGUAAUUCAAAAUGAUGUUUUGUGAAAAAAGUAUGAGAAGUCCUUUGUUCUUAGAAUGGUGUUUCUCAUAAUUAAUUGAACAAAAUAUCUGUCCAGUCAGAUUAAAUUAAAAAUCGACAUUCACAUUCCAUUAAUUAAAGUUUUCAAAUGGUUUUUUUUACUACACAUAUUUUUAGUGGAUGUGGGGUUGGUCAAUAAAACAUUCAAUUUAAUGUAAAAAUUAUAAAAAAUGGUCGUCUCUAAGACUCGCUUCCUUCUUGUCUUCCUAUCAGUUCUUUGUAGUUUCUAUGUUCUCUAAUGUUCCUGUUUUAAGUAUGUAACAAAGCUAUUGUUAGUUAUACACAUUCUGCUGUUAUUGAAUUUCUCUUUGAUGUUUAACAGUGACUCAUGUCUUUAUUAAUUUGUGUAAAUGUAAUAAUUAUACAUUUACACAAUAAUACUUCAUUUCAUUAAUACUUGUUUGACAAGAAACAUAUUACAAAUAACGUUUAGUAAUUUAUUUCGAAUAUUUCAAUUUAAUACCUUAUUUAACCAACAUAUAAUUUUUGUAAUGAUGUUAGUAGAAAAAAGAGGUUAUAUAAUUAAACCACAUUUGAUGUUUACAACUGGCACACAAAAACUGAGCGACUUAGCUCAGGUUUGCUAAUUAGCAUAGUUUUAACGUGCCAUUUGCGGUUCGCGUAUAACCUAUCUGCCUCUUUUUUCUUCUAAUAUCAUCGUUUGUAACCUUAGUAAUUCAAAUUCGACAAUUAUUGUAACAUUUACACAAUUUCAAAAUUUACUAUUUUAAAAAUAAAUUAUGUGAAACCAUUAAAGACUUGUAUAUGAAUAUAGAAAUAGGAAAACAUUAUUCAUGUAAACGCGAACGUUAUUUGUAAGAUGAAUAAUAAUUUGUGUCUCGUCUGUUGUUUAAUGACAGGAUAUUCAAUGGUACAAUGUUAGUAAAAAUAUGGUUGAUUUCUUUUAUAUAUUUUAGGUCAAACUGUAAUGUCGAUAGAGUAAGCUUACAAAUGUAUUGAUAUUUUUGCUAUCAGGGAUGAGUGACGUCACAUGUCAAAAAAAAUUACCUACACGGGCGUAACCGCGGGUAAUAGAUAAUUAUAAAAAAAAAAAUAAUGAUUUAAACUUUUUUGUAUUGAGUUUAGACUAGGUUUAAACGUGUGACGUAAUUUAUAAAUCUGUCCACAUGCCUCUUGUAUUCAGUCUUAAUGUAUAAAUUUGAUUUUACUGAUUAUGUUCAAUAGGACACAUAUCACUAAACCGUACAGUAAGUCAUAACUUAGUAAUUUUAUGGUUUUUUUCUACAAAGUGAAACCAUUUUAGAAUUUUGCAAUUCGAUAACAUUUUUCAUAUGUUUUUUGUAUUAACAGUUUAUUGACAUUCUGUAAUUAUUUUCUAUGGUAUUGACGGCAAUCUAAAUAUUUUUUUAAAUAAAAAUUUCGUUUGUGUUUGAUUAAAACACUUUUAAAUUCACUAGUUCGGAAAAGCGAAUUUUGUAGCUCGAACAUAAAAUUCUACCAUACAUGUUAGUAUGAAAAACGGUUCAAAUCUUGUUGUUGUGUGUUGCGGUUAAAUCCCUGCUCAGGGUUUUUUCCAUCUUAGUGGAAUUCAAUUAAAAUCCUUUGAAAUACAAUACACAUACUGACGACGUACAAUAAUUUUGAAGCCCAUAAUGAUAAUAAUUAAUCAAUUGUGAGUUUUAUAAACUAUCGACAUGAUAAUUAUUAAUUAAUAAUAUGCAUGCCGCUUCACUCUCUACACAAAAUACUCAUGACAAUAUGUUUGUUUAGUAAGUUAUUUUUUUUUUAUAAAUGUUAGCUGUUAAUGCGUCGCUUUGUAAUAAUAAUUUAUGAAUAGUUAUGUAAUAGAAGAAUGAUUUUGAUUACAACUAUUUUACUUCCCAUUUUGGUUUACAAUGUCGAAAGUCAAUUACUUGCUUUGCCUCUGUUUCAGUGUUCUGACGCAAAAAAUACAUAAUUAGUUAUAUGGUAAUGUAUAAUUUUAGAUUCAUUUGUAGUAGGUAAGGUACCUAUUGUAUUGAAAUGAAGAAAUUCUUAUUGAAUUGUCUACCAUUCAUAUAGUAUACAUACGAGUAUAUGUAAAUACCUAUGUGUUAAAAUUAUCUAUGAAAGUCCUUUGUCGGAUGUCACUUUAAGGAUUUUAAUUCUACAAGCAGAGUGAUGUUAUAACAAGUGUACAUAUGUAUUCAUAUGUACAGCUGGCCUAUUCACUAUUUUGGUCUUUAUUAUCAACCUAUCAAAAUAAACAUCAAUUCAUUUGACAAAAUGUCAUCCACCUACAUAAAAUAUCCACCAGUAAGCACCGGAUGACAUUAAUUGUUACAUAGAAUUACAAUUUCGUGUAUGUCAACUAGUCAACGUCAAUCAAAUGUCAACGUCAAAUGUCAACUAGUGUAUGUCAACGCAGCAAGCUAAUUCACUAUUUCAGACGUAUACGUCUGAAAUAGUGAAUUAGCUUGCUGCGUCAAAGAUAGUGAGUUAGCCUGCAGGAGUCUUGUCGAUAAUGUUAUAGACAAACAUAAGAAAUUUCAAUAAAAUAAAUUAUUUGAAUGUUAAUAAAUAAUAAAAAAAUAUUGUGACUUCCAGCGUGUUUUCAGAGAUUGCAACCUAUGAAUCACCAUUAUGGGCAAUGGGAUUAAAUAAUAUUUUUUUCAUAUAAUUAUGUAUUUUAUUUACUUGAUAAUACCUCUAUGAUUUUAAAUGAACUUCUUCAUUUUAAUACAUCAAUAAUGGGAAUAAAAUUAUAUUGAAAUUAUACCUAAAUGUCCUUUGUUAGAAAUUAAUAAUGUACAUACAGCCACAUGAUUUGUACAAAUUGACAUAAUUUUUUAUGUACACUAUAUUAUUUUUAUUUUUUUUUUUAUUUGAACACUUUUUGGAGGCUUUUAAAGUAUACGACAAGUAAUAUAAGAGUAUGUACUUAGAUGUAAUGAGUUCCUUGUUCUUUUGUAAGAAUAUAAAAUGCAAUUAAAUGAGUACUUGUGAUAGAUGUAAUGUUUUGUAAGGUUUUCCACGUGGAUUGUUGAAUAAUAUGUAUUGCGAUGUCGCAAACCGGUUCUAUGAUAAUCAUAAAAAUAUUAUAGUUUCGACGAAGUAUGUAUAAAUAUAUAAAUAUUUGAUUCAAAUGAUCGAACUUUUAAUCCUCUUGUAACAUUAUGAUUAAUACUGGUGAUUUUAACAUCGAAUAUUAACAGAAACUGUACUUCCAUAGGUGCAAUAAAGUGAAGUAAUUAGUAUACA